AGAAACGGUAAGCCUUAUUAUAUUUUGCUAAGUUUGACUUGGUGAAUGUGGGCCUAUCGGACGGGUUAGUGAAGAUGACGUUACGUUUUUGAGGAAUGUGAAUGGAAUUCCUACAUGCAGCAGGGAUGAUGUGCUAUGUCGAGGGUAGCCUAAGAGAAAUGUUUGCAUGUCGGGCUUUACAUUAAAAACUGCUUACACUUGAAAGAUGGAGGAUGCCAAUAAGCGUGUCAAGACCUCGACCCACAGGAGAGGACAAGAUGGAGGAGAAAAGCGCAGACGUUGCUCAAAGAGGACCAACUCUGGAUCCCUGAAAACAGAUCGGGGGAUACAGAAAGGGAGGUGCUAUGACUGUUCACAGUGUGGGAAAAGUUUCUCCAGUACAUCGCACCUCAAUCGCCAUCAGAAAACUCAUACAGGAGAAAAACCUUGUAUGUGCUUGCAGUGUGGGAAACGUUUCUCGAAUGCAUCUAACCUCGCUCGCCAUCAAAAAACGCAUAUCGAAGUGAAACGUUACCACUGCUCAGAUUGUGGGAAAACAUUUCUUAAAUUGAGUAAAAUCAUAGAACACCAGAGAAUCCACACGGGAGACAAACCUUACAUAUGCCUGCAGUGUGGGAAAGGUUUCCCCCUGUCAUCAUUACUCACUCGUCAUCAGAAAAACCAUAUCAGAGAUCCAUCUUACCACUGUUCCGAUUGUGGGAAAGACUUUUGUAAUGGGACUAGAUUGAGAUUACACCAAAGAGUCCACACCGGAGAGAAGCCUUAUAAAUGUACAUAUUGUGGGAAAAGGUUCACCUUUUUAAGCUCUGUUACGGUACACGAGAGGAUUCAUACGGGAGAGAAACCAUAUCCUUGCACAGUGUGUGGGAAGAGAUUUGUUAACUCAAGUUCCCUUUACAGUCAUAUAAAAGUGCAUAGUGGGGACAAGCCUUAUGGCUGCAUGCUGUGUGGAAGUAGGUUUGCGAGAUCAGCAGAAUGGAAAACUCAUAACAGGCUUCACACUGGUGAGAGGCCUUACCAUUGCACACUGUGUGACAAGCAGUUUUCUCAGCACGCUCAUCUAAAAACUCACUUAAGAAUGCAUACUGGAGAGAAGCCAUUUCAUUGUUCGUUCUGUAAGAAAGACUUUUCCCAGAGCAGCCAUCUCAAGGUGCACCUCAGGAUACAUACUGGAGAGAAGCCUCACCAGUGUUCUCAUUGUGUAAAGACUUUCCACACAUUUAGUCAUCUUAGGAUUCACCUGAGAAGCCACACUGGGGAGAAGCCGUACCCUUGCUCCGUAUGUGGAAAGUGUUUCUCCCAGUCCAGUGAGCGUAAAGUUCACCAGCGGGGAAGAAAUUGCAAAAAGUCAGACAGCAUUGAAAGAACUAUGGAAACGGAUAAGAAACACUAAAAGGUGUUGGCCCCAGCUGUGGCGCAACUGGCUGGAGCACCGGCACCGUAUGCCGGCGACCCGGGUUCGAUUCCCGCCCCGUGGUCCUUUCCGGAUCCCACCCCUGCUCUCUCUCCCAUUCGCUUCCUGUCACUCUCCACUGUCCUAUCAUUAAAGGCAUAAAGCCCAAAAAAAUAUACUUAAAAAAAAAAGAAACACUAAAAGGUGUGAAUGUGGAUGCACUUAAGAAACACAAAAAAAGUGUUGGAUUUUUUUUUUUACGCCAUCAAACUGUAAGCUUUUUGAAGGUUUGGUAUUUCAUUGUGGAUCGAUUACUCAAAUAUAAGUGUUCAAAAUUAAGUCUGUAAUGCUUUGGAUUAAACAGAGCCUGGUAUAUUUGUUGUUGUUUCGGUCCGAUCCCUUCAUAAUAUUGUUUUCACAUAGUUCUCUGUUUCUCGAGGUCAUCGAGUACUGUAGGAAAAAAUAAAACCCCAGAAAACAAUCUGUUUUCCCUAGCUUGAGUUGCUACACUCUAAAAGCAUAUAAGGUGUCACCAACUUCACAAACGCAAAUUUACGAAUGUGUGCCAUCUUGGGAGUAUUGAAUAUUAUUGCUGGUAGCUGUGUGCCAUAUAGGGCAGCAUUAUAUGAAGAUCAUUUAAAUAAACAUGCCUAACUAUAUAUUUGUUGGUUAUAAAAAUGAAUAGGUCUACAAUAGACACAGUUGCUAAUUGUUCAUGUUGCAUGCUGCUUUCAUUUGGUGGACAAAUGACUACUAUGACAGCUACUAAAUAAAGCUGUCUUCAUAAGGUAACUGUAAACGUAAAUCGGUCUCGCCAGACUUUCAUUUAAAACUGUCUCUUACUGGAGUAGGAAGUAAUCAACAUCACAGGUGGAGACGUGCUUUAUUGCCAACUGUAAGCCAGAGGCAUAGCUUACCAUUAGAAAAGUUUGCAAGUUGCUAUCUGUCGAUGCGAAGUUAAGUUAAAAUGUGGCACACUGUGGAUAAAUUAGCUCUAACAACUUUUUGAUUUGAAACACGCAUAGCCUGCUUAUUGUGUUCAUUUAAGUCAGUUGUGGUUUAUGUUACAAUUAGAGUCACAAGUUUGGCACAAUCGUUCUGCACGUCAUAGAUGUGAUCGAGCACCACCAGACACUGUAAAUUGUCAUUUAUUUGGCCAUGUUGUGAAGUUGUGUGCUACGUUUUGAAGAGAUCGGGAUUAUGGUGUUUAUAUGAUGAGUGAUGAUGAAUCUUCGAAGUAAUGACACAUUUAUGAAUAAUUUAAGAUGAUUGUGUUUGUUUUGGAGAUUCAACAUAACACGAUGAGCCUUUCAGACAGGGUAAAGUAGCCUAUCCUGAAGUCAACAUAGCUAGGAUAGGAUACCAGCUGCAUGAGAACACGAGAGCUCAACACAAACGAACCGCUAAUAGCUGAUAAAAUAAUAUUCACCCACCUGACACAAAAUUAGCUGAACUAAUCUGUACACGGUCACGAUUCUGCCCAUCAUAAUUUUGAUUCAAUCAAUUUUUGAUUCAGUUUCAGUUUUGGGGCACUCAAUUUGUUUGCUCUUCUUGACUGGCAAUUGACUGCUCCGCUCAGUUUAAAAGUUUGCUUUCCUUGAUAAUGAAUAAUCUGUAAAACUGCAUAUCUUUAUUUUGUCUGGACUAUUAU